UUCAAAACUAAGAUGGCGGCCGAAAGCGAUCCCCAAAACAAUCACAAACUGGAAAGACGGGGAACAAGAUGCAGUGUGUUUAUCAGCCAGGAAAAGCCGACCGUAAGCCAGCCUGUGAUCUUUAACCCAGACUUCUUUGUGGAGAGGCUGAGACAUGAGCAUCCACAGGCCUUCGCGGAUAUGGUACUGAGCAAUAUCACUCGACUCAUAGACCUUCCAGGGGAUGAGUUUGCUCAGCUAACCGGAGAGUCUGAGGCUCGGGUGCCCCCCUCCACUGGCUUUCUACGCUCCUUCAACUUCCUGAAACGGAAAGACAAAGGAGUGGUUUUUGGUGCGCCGUUAACUGAAGAAGGAAUAGCACAGAUCUAUCAGCUCAUUGAAUACCUGAGUAAAAACCUUCAUGUGGAGGGGUUGUUCCGUGUGCCAGGCCACAGCUUGAGGCAGGCAGCCCUGAGGGAAAUGCUGAAUGCUGGGGCAGAUAUAGAUCUAGAGACAGGCGACUUCCACCCCAAUGAUGCGGCCACAUUGCUCAAAGCCUACCUGGGAGAACUGCCAGAGCCUCUGCUCACACACAGGCACUAUCAUGCUCACCUGAAGAUUGGAGAGCUGACUCGCUUUGAUGAAAAAGGAGAUAAGACCAAUGUGCCUGACAAGGAACGCCAGAUUGAGGCAUUCCAGCUGCUUUUCAUGCUGCUCCCACCAGCCAACCGCAGUCUGUUGAAGUUGCUCCUUGACUUGCUAUAUCACACUGCUCGCAAUCAGCACACCAACAAGAUGUCUGCUAUCAAUCUAGCCACAAUGUUUGCUCCACACAUCAUCUGGCCCAAAAAUGUGAUGGCUGGUGAUCUACAGGGAAAUAUCGAGAAACUGAAUAAUGGCAUAGCUUUCCUCAUCAGGCACUCACAAAAACUGUUCAAGGCGCCUGCAUAUAUCAAAGAAUAUACACGCUUAUACUUCACAGGAUCAAAAACUCUUCAAUCAAAGGAUGACUUGACACUCUGUUCUGGGACGAGAGAUGGGCCCAUGUCUGCAACAACAACUGCCUCACCUUCUCCCUCCGUGAGAACAAUUGAUGGUGCAGUCAGCAGCGUCUGCGCCAUCCGGUCAUCUGAGACUCAGAGUUAUACUGAAUCUGCCCUCAGAGAGCUGUACCAGCAGGUCAACAACAUGCCCGAAUCUGCCAAAAAGAAGAAGCUCAUCAGACAGUUUGAAAAGCAGACUUUGCAGACACCUUCAGCUGACACUCGGACACCAUUCAGCAGGAGACACUGGCGUUCACGCUCGUUAGGUGGAAUCAUCAAGAGGAAGAUGUUGGGAAGCCAAGUAACAGAGAAAGAAAACAGCAGACUACAGACUGCUUUAGCCAGCAGUUCUAGUGAUGGUCAGUGAAGAGAAAACACCAGCUGUGGAGGACUAAUCCAGGAUUAACCAUCUUUAAAAGAAUGUGAUCUUCACAACUAAGGAAACAUCAGUCUGAGUGUCAUGUGGGGGGUUUUAAACCUUGAGGUAUCGACACAGACUAAACAUUGUAGUGCCUUGUGUGUAGCUUUGUGUUGACACCAUGUUUAGGUCUGUACUCAGCUGUUUUUUGUUUUUUUUCCUCAAAAAGUCAAGUUUAGGUCUUAAAGGUAAAUAAGAUAGCAAGCAAAGCACCAGAAGUAUUGGGCUAAGCUAAAAGGGUGUAAUGGACAACAAUGAGGAUGUUUCAUGCUUUAUUUUAAGUCAAUGCAAUUUACCAGUUUUUUAAGCAAGUGUGCAGGAGUUCUAUCUUAAUUUCUUUACUUCUUGUUCAUUCACGAUGUUCUGUAGGAUGCAAGUGAUUUUUAUUUAUCCCAGUGGAUUUAUGGAUAUUUAGCUUUAUCAUCAAAUGAAAUGUGUUUAUUUAAUUCCCAAUCUUAUUUUUAUUUAUUUUUUUAUUGGUCAUUUGGAUGUUUCAGGUCCUGGAAUCCAGUACAUCACAUGUUUUGAUAAGAUGCAAUGUACAGGCUUUUCCUAUUUAAAUGUUACUUUUGUAUGAAAGUUGUAGUCAGUUUAGUUUAACUCAGACAGUCACUGCAGACUGUUCAACCGGUGAAUUCUGAGAUGUGCCUUAAAGUGAAUAUGUCUUAAGUUACUGUAUUAUGCAAUUUUUAUUUAACAUUUAGGGGUUUUCUUUUUUCCUUUUAUUGUCCAAUAGGUCUUAAAGUACGCUGAAAUUCAUAAAAAGAAAUAAUUGAAGUGUCAGUAAAAUCUGGAAGUGAAGACUAGUAGAGGAUGACGGCUGGAGGGUGGGAGAUACAGAGUGAAAGGCCAAAGAACCAGC